UUGAGUUUCUUUGUCUAUGUUUUGUCCGUUGUUGAAUUAAACUUGCUCUAUCAACUUAUCAUGAUUAUUCAAUGUGUCUAAUCUUAUGAGUAUUUUCUUUGUAAUUUUAUUCACCCGAAGUGUUGAAUUGUCAAUUUUUAAAUGUUUUUAAAAUCAACAAACCUUAUAAUUUUAUUAAGUAUCAUCUUCGUCACUGCAAUGGCUGAUGAAGUAAAUGACGAUGCUCAUCAAAAAAAUUCAGGGGCCAACACAUCUGUUGCUGAUAACAAAAUAAAUCGUUUGUUUGGUUUAACAGUACCAUUUGACGUUCUUUCUGUAUUACUCGGUUUCAUUGUGAUUUCUGGUGGCUUAGUUGGAUAUUUGAAAGCCGGAUCAAUACCAUCCCUUGUCGCUGGACUUGUGUUCGGAAUACUCAUCUUUAUCGGUUCCUACUUUUCUUCUCGUGAUGCAACUAAUGUUUACCCACUUCUCGUUACUUGUGUAAUUCUAUUUGGAUUGAUGGCCUGGAGAUUCUUGAAAAGCUACAAAUUCAUGCCUGCUGGUUUAGUUGCUUCAUUAUCUGGAAUCAUGAUUCUCCGCUACAUAUAUAUUUUAGUGUUAAAUCGUUCAACAUGAUACUUUCUCCGGUAAAAUAAUUAAGUUAAAGUUCAAAUCUCUAUGGAAUGAUUAAGAGCAAUACAGAACAAACAGUUUACUUUAUCGAUAUUCUUAGAAAUGGUUUUCUCAGUUCCUUAAAAAGUUAACUUCAUUA